AGUACGCGCCGCGCCACGGUCGGGGAAUGUCAACAAUGGCUGUUACGCGGCUUCCAUACUGCGUCUCCGUUUAGAAAUCCUCUGAUCGCGAAUUGAGAAUGGCGGAAUGAAAAGCUGAGGAGACUUGCUGCCUGUCCACACGGGCACUCCACACCCACAGUCUGCAACCCGUACCUUUCCGUUUCGAGGGGAUGCUGCCCCAUGUAGAACCACACACUGUGAAUGUGGCAGUGCAGGUGUAAACAGUGGCAUGGAGGUCGUGACGUCACCGAGCAGGCUGCGGGACUUGUGCGGCCGGCGGACCGCCCCGGCCUUGGCUGCCACUGGGUUGUCAUGGCAACCGAACCGCAGCGUCACCCGACGGACCGCCCGAAUAGCCAGGGAAGUGUACAGCGUCUGGUAUGGUCGCGUUGGCUCGACAAACCAUGUUCCUUCAGAAAAAGUUCAGCAACUUUUUAACGAUAUGCAGCUAUAUCCUUCAAAAUCGCAAGUGUACGAGAUGCUUCAGUGUGCGAAGGAGUGUGCGAACAGGAGUUCGGCGUGCUACCUUACCUUCGGCGAGUUCUGCAUUUUCGCUACGGAACUCAAGAGGUGCUACGAAAGAGGGAUACCCAGGCCUGUGCAACUAUCCAGAUUACUGGAGAAAGAUGGAGAAGAUAAGAAGAGAAGGAACAGGAAAAUGUCAAAGGGCAUUCCGAAGUAUGAAGUAUUUCUGGGAGGAUCAUGUAAUCCAACUACAUGGCGGCAAGACACAGCAAUCCCAAUGCUUAAGAGACUUGGCAUCACCUAUUACAAUCCUCAAGUUUCACAUUGGGGCCCAGAGCUUAUUGAACUGGAAUACCAGGCGAAGCAAAAUGCAACAGUGUUGUUCUUCGUUAUUGACAACCAGACGCGGAGCAUUGCAUCCAUCAUUGAGGCAGCUCAUAUUUCUGGAAAGAGGCGGAAACUUAUCUUGGUCAUACAUACCUACCAAGGACCUGGUCAGAAGAUAUGGGGCGAACCAAUUUCGGAAGAAGAGUAUGAUGACCUUACUACAGGUCAAAUGAUGCUACAAGAUCUAGUUGAGCGUCAAGGAAUACCGGUUUUUGAGAGUAUACCAAUUGCACUCAACUGCACUGCAAAAGUGUUGCGGGACAACAUUAGUGUGCAAGAUUUAGGCUUGAAUGAUUUUGCUCAACCUGUCAAAAUGGCCCAUGUUCAACUAGGUGACAAACUUAUAAAGCUGAAAGAAGCAUUCGAUGCCCUAGACACUGAUAAUACAGGAGAGAUCAGUCUGGCAGAUGUUUGCAUGGCAUUUAGGAUUCUUACUGACCGAAAACUUUGUCUCUCGGACAUAAGGAAUAUCUUGGCUACUCAGACAGGUUUAAUAGGAGAUGACGUAAAGGAUGUACCCCUGGAACAAAUAAAAGUAAACUUUGAGCAGUUUUGUGCUAUCGUAGCAGAAUUCAAGUUUUGUGAAAGUGAGGCUCAGAAACUUUGGGACUUAGUCCUAGCCAAAACCACUCGCCUUCUUCAAGCGUUUGUUACUUCUGUGGUGAAAUUACUAGAGUGGGCUAUAUCAUCCAGGCCACUGAGGUCCCUACCUCUUGGUGCUGCUGCAAACGGUCAAAACAGUUCAGUAAGGGAUGUUUACCUUGGAGGCUCAUGCCAUAACACAACAUGGAGAGAGGAUAUAGCAAUUCCAAUGCUGAAAAAGAAUGGCUUAACAUACCACAACCCUAAAGUUGGUCAGUGGAGUAAAAGACUUAUUCCUUUGGAGGCAGCUGCUAUGGACAACAGUUACGUUCUUUUGUUCAUAAUUUCAAAUACCUCGCGUUCUGUUGCUGCUAUGGCUGUGGCUGCUCACUACAUUGGAUUGGGCUGCAAUGUUGUACUGUGUGUACAACAUCUGGCAGAUGACUGUGUACUGGGCAGUGACAAACUUUCAAAGCAAGCAGUGAAGGAUUACAACAGAGGGCGGAUGUACCUGUCUGACUUAGCCAACAGGGAAGGUGUACCUGUGUAUGAUUCUAUUCCUGAAAGUGUAGAGUGUGUUAUCCAGAAGUGCAAUGCACGAUAGCACAAGCUCCAACUGCAAUUUGGCAGUGUUCAAACUUCAUGACAGGUGUUCCUAAGUCAACCAAGUGAGCCAAUUGAAAAGUGUUACCACAGUGAUGCAGCUAUAAAAGUGAAUUGAAGAGUCUUAAUUUAACAGCUAUUAUCCCCGAGACAGGUGUGUUGUGGUACAGUGUGUGGGUGCUCUCAGCAGAGCUGCCAUUCUGCUGCAAUCAGUGGGAUUCAGUAACUGUUUUGUAUGUUGUGGUAUUAGCCGUAACUAUUGGCAUCUCACAAUCUGAAAAUGCGUGCCAUUAUAUUGAAUUGAAGUAGUGAAUAUUUAUUCAGAAAGAGCAAGGUGACAUCACGUGGUUGAGAUUUUGUGCUGUCUUGAUACUAUAAAAGAAGGUAGUGCUAUUAAUUUGAUGAAACAUCUCAAACUGCCAUUAUUCAAUAAUUCAAAUGAUUGGUGUUUCUGUGGAAACAUUGUUUUCGGUUUAUAGAUGUCCGUACUGUGGGAAGAGAUUUUAUUGGUAUUUUUUUAAAAAAAGCAGCUAUUUUUAAAGUUUAUUUUUUCUCUAACAUCGAGCUUUAAGACAGUGACCUGCAUGUUUGGGGAAAAAUCUAAAGAACAAAGGAUGAGUGUUAGUAUGCCCACUGUCUGUACUAAUACGUCAAGACACUAUCCCGUCAUGGGGUACCUCACUGCUCACAUUUUACUAAUGCAGUUUCAAAAUUGAGGCAUCACAUUUAUACAUCAGUAUUGUUUUUGAUUCUCCUUACAUUUUGGUACAUGCACUACUUCACUCAGUCACUUCCAUACAUUUCUUCCUAAAGAACUGUCUUUUAGCUUAAAACCAGAUGUGCAGAUUCCUAACUCGUAAUAAAUUAUUUAUUAUAUUUAUACUUACAUAUUAGGGGACUAAUGGUAUCUACUUAAUCAUGUUAAACUUGAACUCUUCUUUCAUUUCUUUCCUCUUUUUUUUUUUACUUCAUUUGAAUGUGAAAUUUUAGCUUCAGCAGCUUGUUCUCUGGCAGUGCCUCUGUACAAACUGUUAGUGUAGCUACCUCAGGAAGACAAGUGAGUAGGAUAUGGAAAAUAUUCGUGAUGCUAAUAAGUACUAGUUUUCCACUCUACACUUGCCCAUUAUGAACAGGCCAGAGAAAGUUCAGUAUUUUACAGAAGUGAGUGACUUUUCAGGAACUGUGAAUCAUUUAAUUGUAGGGAUAAUUGAGGGAUUAAAUUAUUUGUGUUAAUCUUAGCAGAAAUUGACAUCACAUAGUUAUGAGAAGGGUUUCCCCUUUCAUUAAAUUUUUUAUGGUUCAGAUUCCUAAUAAUUUGACUUUAAUACAUUGUUAGAUUCUGGUCUAGUACACUUAAUUCUCUUGUAUAAUACAAAUUUGAUGAUGUGUUUUCUAAUAUUGGUAACUAAUCAGAAUCCCUGUAAACUUCCCUCCAACUAGAAUCAGCAUGAAUUUGGUUAUAUUUCUGUGUGAAAGAAAGAACCUUAUGUAUUCAAAGUUAACUUUUAUUAGAAAAACUCCUAACCCCCCUCCCCCACCUUGAAACACAGUUAUAAAAGGUAUGUAACUGCAUUGUGUGCAAGUCAUAUGGUCAAUACAUCCGAAAUAUUCUGCAUCCAGAUAAGAUGGUAUUAAGUUGAUGGAAAAUAUUCUGGAAGAACAGAUGAAUGUUGAAAGUUUUUAUUCUCUGGUGACUCACCAGAAGUUACAAAUUACAGUGAAUAGUUUUAUGUUGCAAGUAAUACUAUUUGUUUCUCUUUAUCCAUUCCACACUCCUUCCCUCCCUUAUCACAGUUUCCCUCUUUCCCAUUUUUGUGUAGUCACCAGUAAAGCUUAUAGUUGUAAAUUUUUAGCUAUUUUAAAUGCCUGAAAAUGUGUAGAAUGUUGUCAUUCACAAAGUACCUGACGAAUAUGUGAGGCAGUGUUUAAGUUAGAUGUCUGUACUUACAUGCAACUGCAUUUAUAUACUUUAGUCCAUGGAUAACGAAUGUUUGUGUGAAAAUACAUUUGUUUUUUAGCAUAUUGUUAUAUUUUGACAUGUGAUUUUCUUGUUCUUGUAGUUACACUUCCUCCCAGUCAUACACAGAAAUUGUUUUAUGAGUUGUAAAGUUUUAUAUUGAUUAAAAAUUAAUCUACAGUCUGAAAGUAUUAUACUCAGAUAUUUCUGUUAAUUAUAAUUUUCAGAAUUAAUAACAAGAUGCUGCUAAUAUUGAAACUACCUAACUACUAUCAUUACUUGCAGAAUAUGUUGAUAAAUUUGUACUGACAUUUCUUUUUUAAAAAAAGAAAGCGUGUAGAAUACAGGAGACAAAUGUGGCAAUGGUGGGAGGUUCCUUUAAUGGUAGUGUUACCUUCAGAAGAGGAGGAAUUUAUGUAUUCUGGUUCAGUUUGCACUUAAAUAUGCCACUAGGUUUUUUAAGCAACUUAAAAUUGAAUAAAAAAUGUUGCCAGAAAUCACCUAA